AUGGCAGAGGGGGAUGUUGAGGCCCAGCUUCAGUCACUCAGGGCCCUGUGCCAGGAGAGCCUCUUGUUUUCUCUAGGGCCCCUCCCCAAACCCACCCUCUGGGCCGAGCCAGGCCCUGUCAUCCCCCAGGGGAGCCCUGUGACCAUCUCCUGUCAGGGGUCCCCAGGGGCUGAGGAGUACCGUCUGGAUAAAGAGGGAAGCCCAGCACCAUGGAAAAGAGAGAAGCCACUGAAUACUGGAGACAAGGUGAUGUUCUCCAUCACACACAUGACAGAGCAUGAUGUUGGGAUAUUUCACUGCUACUAUCUCAGCGCUGAUGGCUGGUCAGAGUACAGUGACCCCCUGGAGUUGGUGGUGACAGGAUUGUAUAUCAAACCCAGCCUCUCAGCCCUGCCUAGCCCUGUCGUGACCUCAGGAGGGAACGUGACCCUCCAAUGUGGCUCAGUGUAUAGAUAUCGCAGGUUCCUUCUGACUAAAGAAGGAGAUCAGAGACUCUCCUGGUUCCUGGACUCACAGACACAGCCCAGUGGGCAGUACCAGGCCCUCUUCCCGGUGGGGCCCUUGACCGCAAGCCACAGGUGGAUUUUCAGAUGCUAUGGCUGCUACUACAACGACAAGCCCCUAGUGUGUUCACACCCCAGUGAUGCCUUAGGGCUCCUGGUCUCAGGUGAGUCUGGGAAGCCCUCCCUCCUGAGCCAGAAGGGCCCCAUCGUGGCCUCUGGACAGAGCCUGACCCUCCAGUGUCGCUCUGAUGUCGGCUAUGACAGAUUCGCUCUGCACAAGGAGGGGGGACGGGACCUCCCCCAGAGCCUUGUCCUGCAGCCCCAGGCUGGGCUCUCUCAGGCCCACUUCCCCCUGGGCACUGUGAGCAGCUCCCACGGGGGCCGGUACAGAUGCUACGGUGGAUACAACCUGUCCUCUGAGUGGUCGGCCCCCAGUGACCCCCUGGACAUCCUGGUGGCAGGACAGCUGUCUGACACACCCUCCCUCUCAGUGCAGCCAAGCCCCAGGGUGGCCUCAGGAGAGAAUGUGACCCUGCUGUGUCAGUCACAGAGCCAGAGGGACACGUUCCUUCUGGCCAAGGAGGGGGCAACCGAUCCCCCCUCUCGUCUUCGAUCAGAGCUUCGAGCUCAGCAGUUCCAGGCAGAGUUCUCCAUGAGCCCUGUGACCUCAGCCCAAUGGGGCACCUACAGGUGCUACAGCUCAAGCAGCACCUCACCCUUCCUGCUGUCACUCCCCAGUGAGCCCCUGGAGCUUCUGGUCUCAGGUGAGGUCCCCUGA